GCAAAAAGAAUCAAUAAGUUUUGUUGGCAUUUUGGUGGUUUGAUUGGAAUAUAUACAGGUGGAGGAGAUACAGACGCAGUCACGUCUUAACUUUGGUUAUAUAUAAACUUGUUAUUUAUAAAUCUUAAAAUGAACAACAAAUGAAAAAUUCUCCAUUUAUAAACAAAACAGGUGGUUGUCACAAGUGAAUUUUCAAAUUUUAGUUUAUUAAGAAAACACGUCUUUUCAAAUUCAGUGCAUCAAGAAAACUCCACGUUAAAACAUCACUUUCAAUUGCAUACAAUCUUAUAAAAAUGCUUCAAGCGUCUGUGACUAAGUUCCUAAACAUUAUCGUUGUACUUGGUUUAUUAACAUUUCAAGGGGUUUGGAGUGCCCCACAAGCCGUUAGUACACAAAGUGAAAUUUUACAAUCGAAAGAAUUGAAAAAACAUUUAGAAGUAUUGAAGGUACAUCUAGAGGAUGCCAUUAAAAAGUUGGAUCAUAAUAUUAAAGCAAGACAGGCAGAAUUUCAAGCCGAAAUACAAACACCCGAUAGUGAAUACAUUGAAGCAGCUUUGGGAAUGCAACGUAAUGAUUUCAGAAGUGCCGCUGCAAUACCACAAAUCCCGUUACCAUCUCAAACGAUGCGAAUUAAUCAAAAUAGUGGUCUUAGACGUUAAAUAUUAUAAAGAAGAGUGUGGGGUCAAACGUGUUUUUUUAAUGAUGACCUGCAUUUAGUUUUAGCAUUAUAUGUGUUUGUAAAGUUGUAUAGCUAAGUAUUAUAUAAGAAAUAUUAUUUAUUUAAAACAAGUUAAAAAAAACUAUU